UAUAUGGAAAGCAACUUUACUUUGACUGAUGGUAUCAGUGGUCCAGUCUUAGCAACAAUUCUUAUUGUUCAGAUAAUACUAGCUCUGAUAGCUAAUGGUGUUGUACUAUCCAUCACCUUCUAUCAAUGGAAGUCCUUGAAACUAUCAUCAACAAUAUUCUUCACUUCUGUCAUACUGGCACAUCUUGUAUUGAAUCUACUGUACCUUCCCUUCAGAAUCAUUGCAUUAGCUGCUGGUGAGUGGGUCUUUGGUAGCACGAAUGAGGAGAAAAAAGUGACAUGCACAUUUGCUGCCUUUUUUUUCUGGUGGAUGGUAUUAGUCAUAUUAAUGACUGUUGCUGCCAUAUCAUUUGAUCGGUUUCUCUUUAUUGUCAAACCACAACUUCACAAGCGGUUCAUGAGAUCCUGGGUAGCACUGACCCUCACCAUUGCUAUUUGGAUUUUGUCUGCUGCAUUAAGCAAUGUCCAUAUUUUUGCUUUUCAUUUGUAUAUUGCUAUUUGCAUUAGACCUUCAAAUAGCAUUGGCCUUAGUAUAUAUUUUGUUCUUUUAUCAGUUACUAUACUUGGGAUAAUAUUUGUCACUUCUCUCUGGACCUUUUGUUUCACUAGAAGCUUUUUCAAAAAUCAGUCAGUGAUAGCAGCAGGGAGUGUGUAUGCCUCAAAAAAGAAGAGACUCUUUGGAGUAUUUGGAAGUAUGCUACUCAUCUAUGGGAUAUGCUUUGUACCUGGAUUCCUUUAUUUCUUUCUUUCUCUGUUCAUUGAUGUACCAGUGUGGUUUGAAACAUUUGCUAUUAUCUGUUUUGACUUCAUUACAGUAGCUAAUCCUAUUAUCCAGUCGUACUUCAGGCCUGAGAUUAAAAGUGUUCUUGUCCCAUAUUUUCCUUUUCACAUUUGUGUAUGCUGCUGAAGCUUAUUGCAUAUUUCCUUACCUCAAUGUUAAUUAUUAACAGUUGCUCAUUUUUUAUUUUUACACUCCACAUUGUUAUUCCUUCUUGCCAUUAAAUUUUUAUUCAGCAUCAGUUCAUGCUGCUAAUCACUUGUAUAGUUAGAUCCAUGACAUUGUUAUACGAUACUGUAAAAUUGAAUUACCAGUAUUUCAUGUUAUUGCUGUAUUUAUAUGGUUUGAACCAUUGUUCACUGACUUUUAUGCAGUCACAAUGAACUGCAAUGCUGUGCCUAGAGUGCCUUG